GGGCCGGGCCUCCGGGACUGAACGCGGAGGCGAGCGGGGAGCGCCGCGUCCCAGCCCGAUCCCGCGGGGCGCCGGCUGCGCGGCUCGGCCCGGCCCGGCCAGGCCAUGCUGUCGCGGGGGGCGGCGAGCGGGCGGGCGCUGCGCGGGGCGGGGCGGGCGGGCGGGCAGCCGCCGCCGGUCCGCGGCCUCCGCGCCUCUCCGCGGGCGCGGUGCGCCAUGCCCUCCUGGGUCAUAGACCGGUACGGCCGCAACGACGUGCUGCGCUUCACCAGGGACAUGGUGUUCCCCACCAUACACUUCCCGAACGAGGUCAUCAUUAAGGUUCACGCCGCAAGCCUGAACCCCAUCGACCUUAGCAUGAGAAGUGGUUAUGGUGCAACUGCGUUAAAUAUGAAGCGGGAUCCCCUGAAACUCAAAACCAUGGAGACUGAAUUUCCACUAACACUUGGUCGAGAUGUCUCUGGUGUUGUUAUGGAAUGCGGACUGAGUGUGUCUUAUUUCAAACCUGGAGAUGAGGUGUGGGCAGCAAUUCCUCCAUGGAAACAGGGCACUCUGUCAGAAUUUGUGGUGGCUAGUGGAAACGAGGUGUCUUUUAAGCCAAAGUGCCUCAGUCACACAGAAGCUGCCUCCUUACCAUAUGUAGGUCUCACAGCCUGGUCUGCAGUUAACCAAGUUGGAGGACUGAACCAAAGUAAUUGCAGUGGGAAAAGAGUAUUAAUAUUAGGAGCUUCAGGAGGAGUUGGUACAUUUGCUGUACAGCUAUUGAAGGCCUGGGGUGCUGACGUGACAGCAGUUUGUUCUCAUGAUGCCAGCACACUGAUGAAAAAGCUUGGAGCGGAUGAUGUGAUUGAUUACAGAUCUGGAAAUCUGGAAGAGCAACUUAAAACAUUACCCUUAUUUGAUUUCAUCCUAGAUAAUGUUGGUGGAUCCACUGAGAAGUGGGCUCUAGAUCUCCUGAAGAAAUGGUCAGGAGCAACGUAUGUUACCUUAGUGACACCUUUCCUGAUCAAUAUGGACAAACUUGGAGUGGCUGAUGGCAUGUUACAAACAGGAGUCACCGUUGGUUCCAAAACUGUAAAGCAUCUCUUUAAAGGAGUCCAUUAUCGGUGGGCAUUUUUUAUGCCAAGUGGCCCAAGUUUGGAUGAAAUAGCAGAACUAGUUGAUUCUGGAAAGAUUCAACCAGUUAUUGAUCAAGUCUUCUCUUUUUCUGAAGUUCCAAAGGCCUUUCUGAAAUUGGAAGGAGGACAUGCACGUGGAAAAACAGUGAUCGAUGUAAUUGGUAAAAAAUAAAGCAUCUCUAAUCAUUA